AUGGCUUCCCAUCUGCCCAAAGGUUUGCUCGAUCUGCCACGCGAGCUCCGCGACGAGGUUUGGUUUUAUGCUCUGCAUCAACCGCUCGCAGCGGUGACACGAGCCUCCCCCUACGGCACUAUGAUCGAGCGCAACCACACAUCUGAACCACCACUCUGCAGAGUCAACAAGCAGAUAAGGGACGAGACUCUGGACGUCUUCUAUGGUGGCAGUAUAUUUGCGGCCGACCUCUACAAGAAAAAUGGAAACCGUGCGCUCGCAUACCGCUGGGCUGCAUCAAUUGGCAACGACAGCAUUCGCCGCCUCCAACUUCUAGUGCUCAGUGGCUACGGAGGCCAGGAAUGCCGCCCAGGAGUCAAGUUCUGGAAUCUUCGCUUGACGUGUCACUUCGACUUCCACACGGGCGACAUCCAGCUCUUUGUCUAUGUUGAAAGAGGCAUAGGUGCUUGGCUGACCGUUGAGGAAAUAGAAAAACAGUUUGGACACCUGACGCCAGAGUGGAGGGCUAUCCUAACAGAGAACAGAGUGGAGAAGGCUGAAGAUGUAUUGCGCUCUAUUCUCAAUGAGAGAGGAGGUCUUGUUGGACUGCAAUAUAUCCCCGGCGGGCUCGCGUGGCUCGUAGAACGGUUCGCCGAGUUCUGUGACGGAGAGGACAAUCCCAUCCUAGAGUGUAGCGAAGAGACAAAAAAGCGGACCUUGGUUUAUGGAGGAAACCCUGGACGCAGCCUCAAAGAUCUCCUGAGCCCAACGCGAGGUCUACCCAACGAUAUUGGCCCGGUUUCCUGA